AUGUUGUUACCCGCGGAAGAACGCAUUCCGGAAACCUCCACAGUGCACCCGCCGGGGCGACGUUUCCGUCAGCCAAGCCGCUCACCGGCCGGCGGAGAGCUCGAGAGGCUCCACCGCAUUCGCCGAAUUUUGACGGAGGCUCCACUUCGACUGCGUAACAUCUGCGUGACUGGUCAUAUAGACCAUGGAAAGACCACGCUGACGGACUCCCUGCUCAUGUCGAACGGUUUUCUCUCUCAGCGACUCGUAGGCAAAGCGCGAUAUCUGGACUUUCGCGACGAUGAGCAGAAUCGAGGCAUCACCAUGAAGUCGGCAGGCGUCACGCUCUAUCAUCGCUAUGGUGGUCGCGAAGCCAACACGAAAGCCGCAGACGAAUACGUCGUAACGUUGCUGGACUCGCCGGGUCAUGUGGAUUUCGCAGCUGAGGUAUCGGCAGCUGCAAGGCUCAGUGACGGCUCGCUCAUCGUCGUUGAUGUCGUUGAGGGAGUCUGCAGCCAAACACGCACAGUUCUCCGGCAGGCAUUGAGCGAGGGACUCCAGCCGAUUCUGGUGUUGAACAAGAUCGAUCGACUGUUCCUGGAACUGCAACUGGAUGCCACCGAAGCAUACCUGCACCUGCGACGUGUUCUCGAGGAUGCCAAUGCUGUGCUUGGCGCCCAUAUCGCAGAGCAGCGGCUGCGCCUGGAAGAGCAGGCCUCGCUUUGGGCGUGCGCCCCCGAUCAAGAGACGACCUGUACCAGUGCUCAGGUGACGGCGCGAGCAGUGCCUGCGGUCGAAAUACACCCAUCAAUGCCAACGGAUCAGGCGGAAGUCCACGAGGAGGAAACCCUCUUCGAACCAGCAGCUGGCAACGUGGUGUUCGCAUCUGCCUUGGACGGAUGGGCGUUUCGGCUCGCGGAUAUGGUCCAGUUCGUGGCGCAGCGCUUUGGGAUUCGCCAGGAGGUGCUCGAUCGCACCCUCUGGGGUGACUUUUACAUUGAUGCUAAGCAGAAACGGGUCCAGCGGAUCCGGGAAAGUCUGACAGCGAGCGGACGCCCACCACGGAGUCUUUUUGCGCAGUUUGUCCUUGAACCAAUCGCUUACCUCUAUCAACGAUUGGUCAAGAGUGCCAAUGAUGAGCAGGUCGACCGCUCCGAGCGGCAACGUUUGGUCGAGCGACUCGGCAUUGCCGUUCCAGAGCGCGACCUCUUUCAUCGCGAUGGGCGCUAUGCGCUGCAGAGUAUGCUCUCUCGCUGGUUGCCGUUGAGUCAGACCGUGCUGGACGCUGUGGUGGACCUGGUACCCGCUGCCGUGAUCGCAAACCGGCAGCGGCUGGGAAAUCUGUGGCCUCAUGAUGCUACGCAGCAUCCCUUGGCCCAGGUACUGGCCAGGGCGAUCAGCGAGGGCGACAUCUCCGACGAAGCCCCGGUAAUGAUUUAUGUGAGCAAAGUGAUGGGUGUCGAGGGCGCUGCGCUUGCGGCACUCGGCGUGGCGGCACGCCCGGCUAGGCGCCCUCCGGCGGGUUCCGACACCCAGGAGGAGGAGGACGAGUGCUGGGAGCCCCAGCAGCGUUUCGAACGAGACCAGCAGGUCCAGCUCGCACUGGGCCGUAUUCUCUGCGGUGCAGUGGAGGUUUCCUCGCGGUUUGGUGAACUGUUCGUGUACGGACCUCGGUAUAACGCCGAAGAUGCAGAGACACACACGGAACCUUUCUGUGUGCGGCUUCCAGAUGCGCGUCUGGAAGCCUUUCUGCUGCAUGGACGAGACGUCGCCUCGCUCAGAGACCGGAUGGAGACGGAGACAUCAGUUCGACAACGGCUCGUACCUGGUGCAGUGGUUGCACUGUAUGGUGUCGGGGAGGUGAUUCUCAAGUCGGCAACGAUUUCGACACUUCCGCCGGGGCGUUGUCUGCCGUGUGCGAACCUCUUGCGCCACGGACAGACGAGUCCGGUGGUUUUUUUCGCUGUGGAGCCGGCAGCGCAGCUCUCUGAUCUGCCACGACUUCGUCGGGGCCUGCGUCUCCUCAAUCAGGCGGACCCAGCGGUGGAGACGUUCAUCUCAGGGUCAGGCGAAAUGGUGCUCGGUGUCAGCGGAGAACUGCACCUCCAGCGCUGCCUGUGCGACCUCGAAGAACGUUUCGCGGGUGUGCCGGUCAAAUGCUCUGCACCGAUGACGGCAGUACGGGAAACGGUUGCUGGUGGAGUGUCGACGAGUCCCGCAAACCCCUGGGUCGUCCUGCUCACGCGAUCGGCUGGUGUCGGUGGCCUCAGUGGCGCCGCUGUGCAUGGUGCAGGCCAGUCGAGCACUGCGACGGAAAACACCGAUUCUGUACUCGAGUCGCUGGCGGAACGCUUCGAACAGACGAGUGUUCACGAGCGUGCAGCACUCGGUUCAAUGGCGGACGCUUCGUCAACGUUCAGCGGCGCUGCGGCGCUGGAAAAGUGGGCCUCAUGGAGCGGAUACCGCGAAGAGCAGCAUCGCGUGCUCCUCGGUGGCGGCAUCGUGCCGGUGCCGUUGCCGUCCCACAAUAUCACGCUAUACAUCUAUGCAGCUCCACUGCCGAGAACGUUCGUGCAAGCAUGGGAAUCCUCGAGUCGAGGCGCGCUGCGCUCACUCUUUCUCCAACCGAAGCGUGGGGUUGCCUCCCAGCGACCUGCCACUGCGCCACGGCUCCAAGCGGAGUUGCUCGUGCGCCUCCACCGGGCCGUUAUGGAAGAUGCGGGUUCCGCGGAUCAGCGUCCAGCACCGUCAGCGCUAGUCGAGCAGGGAGCCGAAUGCUCACCGCAUGAAUGCAGCAUAACGGACGGUACCGCUCAGCGUCGCCUUGCGACGUUAUUCCGUAUGCUGGUGGAGCAGGCUGCAGCGCUGGGUCCGCACGACUGCGGUUCGAACGUGUUGGUGGUACCGGCGACAGCGGCAGCGGCAACGGCAGCGACUGCCGGGUACCACACGCAUCAUGAGCGGCCCCAAGACCUUGAAAGCGAUGCUCCUGAAGCCAACACGGAAGCAGAACACGCCGCAGGAGCUGCAAGUCGCUCUGAAAUGCGUCACUGGGAUAGAAUUCGCGACGUUUUUCGGCAGGUCUGGGGCCAGCCGCUCCCGAGCACCACGGCAGCCGCAGAGGGAUCGUUGCCGACCACAGUGUAUCGGGCGCUGGUUUCGGCGUUCCAGGUGGUUUGUGCUGCCGGUCCCCUUGUGGAGGAGCCUCUCCAGGGCGUCUGCUUCGUGGUGCAUGUUGCAGACGAAUGUCAAGAGACAUCGGACUCAGCGACGCGGGCCGGUUCAUUGAGCGCCUCCUCCACCAGGGACGCUACCAGCCUGAUCUCGCUUCUGACAGAGGCGCUUCGCCAGGCGCUUUUGGCUGCGAACCCGCGACUUGUCGAGCCGCUCUUCCAGACAGAGGUGCAGUGCUCGUCCAAUGCUCUCGGUCGGGUUCACACUGUGUUGCGAGCAGCCCGCGCCCAAGUGCUCAGCGAACAAAUCAAAGAGUAUCAGGUUACUUCCACGUUCUUCAUUCGCGCACUAGUCCCUGCAUCUGCGAUUUUCGGUCUUGCAGAGAAGAUACGCCGGGCGAGUAGCGGCGUCGCCAGUGAUGUCGAGCUGCGCUUCGUCGGCGACUGGAAGGUGAUCGAAGAGGAUCCCUUCUGGUACCCGGCCACCGCCGAGGAUAUCGAAUUACUGGGCGUGGAGGACACCACCGCGUCCAUGAAUAACUUGGCGCGUAACUUGAUGGAGCAAGUCCGAGCACGCAAAGGCCGGCUGGUUGCCUAUAAACUCGUCGAGCGUGCCGAGAAGCAACGAACGCUCGCUCGUAAAAAGUAG